AUGGUAAGCUCCUCCAACACGCACACACAAGGUUACAAAGAGUGGGCUUUAAGGAAUCGUUGGUCUGAAGAUUUGAGAUGCGAUUGUGAUGAACAUGCGAUAUUCUCGAUCUCCAAAACUGUCGAUAAUCCAUGGAGGAAAUUCAGGGGGUGUCCAAACUAUCAGAAAUUCCAUAUGGAUUUGGAGGAGGCUAACAACAAUAAAGCAUUUGCAAUGGAGGUUUUGAAGCUUUCGGAGGAGGCCAAGAACAACAAAGAAGUUCAACUGGAUAUUUUAAACCUGUUAAAGGUGGAGCUACUUAUGAUGGUCAUGCUUUUGAUGGUGGUGAUAGUGAUGGGGUUUAUGGUUCACAAUGUUAUGGUUAAAGCAUUGUGA